AUGGCACAGGCAACUUCGCAGGUACCUAUCCAAGUCGCCGUCGUAGGCGGCGGCGUGUGCGGUUUGGCUUGCGCAAUCGCUCUUCAGCGCGCCGGACUUGCCGUGGAACUCUUCGAAGCCGCGGCGGCCUUCACUGAGGUUGGCGCGGGAAUCGGCUUGGGUCCAAACGCCAUCCGGGUGCUGAAGGAAUUCGGCGUGCUGGACGCGGUUCUCAAGAAGACGAACCCUGGUGAACUCAAGCCAAAGGGGUUUAGAUUCUUUUCGGGGCUUGAUGGCCACGAGCUCGUCUACGAGUACCCAAUGUCGCCGGAGGACGCGAGCAUCAGCAUGCACCGCGCGGCCUUCCUCGACGCGCUCGUCAGCGCCGUGGACCCACGCGCCGCACACUUCAACAAACGCUGCACCUCUCUCUCGGUCUCGCCCGCCAACCCGGCGCGCGUCGUCGUGCACUUUGCGGACGGCACGACCCACGAGGCGGACGUCGUCCUUGGCGCUGACGGUAUACGAAGCACCGCGCGCGACUUCGUCCAGGGCGGAGUGGGAACGGGGCCCGCGUUCAGCAAUACAUUUGCGUACCGUGGCCUCAUCCCUCGCGUCGCGCUCGAGGCGGCCGGCUUCAAGACGGACGUGAAGGGAACCCCGGCGUGCUUCAUGGGUCCCAGCAAGCAUAUCAUCGUCGUCCCGAUAAAGAACGGGGAAUUGAUCAACGUCGCCGCCUUUGCAACGCGGUACGACGUUCCCAUCGGGUCGCAGGCGCUACCCGAGGGGGCGCGCUGGGUCGAAGACGUGUCCCGGGCGGAGCUGGAGAAGGAGUACGAUGGCUGGGGUCCCGACGUCGCAGCCCUUCUCCGGUGCAUGCCGGAGAAGGCGAGCAGGUGGGCCAUCCACGUCGUGCACCCGCCGCUUGCGGGGUACGCCCGUGGGCGCGUCGCGCUCAUCGGCGAUGCGGCACAUGGGAUGUUACCUCAUCUGGGAGCCGGAGCUAGCCAAGGCCUGGAAGAUGCAUAUGUAUUGGUUCGGCUGCUCAGCCACCCGGAAACCAAUGUCGACAACUUGGAGGCCGUGCUUAAGGCUUACUCGGCAGUCAGACAACCCCGGGCGCAGAGCGUCUGGGAUGCCAGUUACCGCGCCGGAAGUACCUACCACCUUCAAGGACCGCACGGUGCCACCAAGGAAGGGUUAUGCGAGGAUCUCAAGGACAUGUGGAAACCGGUUUGGCACUACGACUUCGACAGUGAUGUAGACACUGCGGUGGACUCACUGCGCCAGAGCGGAGCAUUCUAA